AUGUGCUGUAAAUUCUGUAUAUUCACCUACAUUAUCACACAAACCCUCAAACACAAAGCUCAUGACAAGAAUGUGACUGUGCUGGAUCUGGACAGGGUUUCUGAUCUUAAUACUGGCCAUCUGGUUUUGGGGGAAGGCUUUGUUUCACCUGUAGCUGGAGCUGUACUGGAGCUACUUGCCAGGCAUGAUGCCCCGCUGGUUGGAAAGAUAGCAGUGCUGGUGAGUGUGGAGGGACCCCUGAAGGUGGCUCUUGAGUUUUUGCUGCAAAACAAUGGCAUGAUGGUGCAAACCUGUCAGUGGAGUUCAGAGAACCUGCAGAAACAGGUUGUGGAUACAGAUGUGGUGGUAUUGUUGAAGACAGGGCAUAAGGGUCUCCCUCCCACCUGGUUAAGACCAGGGAUAGCUGUGAUCAACCUAGACUUGGCCCUAAUGAGAGAAAACCCUGACAGUUGGGAGUAGAGGGUUGAAGCCAGUGCUGGAGUUGGGGCUCUAAGUGCUGCUCUUAGAAUGGAGGUGAGAUCACAUAUCCAUUGUGUUAAAAAAAUGCUCUGUAAAUAAUCACUCUCUCUCUCUCCCUUUUUUGAUGUUUCUUGAAUUCUCAGUGAUAUUGAGAUCUCCAGAGCACAGGCUCCCAAACCCAUUUCCCAGCUGGCUGAGGAGAUUGGGCUGCUUCCGGAGGAGCUGGAGGCCUACGGCAGCACCAAAGCCAAGGUCCAUCUGUCUCUCCUCAACCGCCUCCAGCAUCAGCCUGAUGGCAUAUACGUCCUAGUGGCAGGUAUAACUCCCACUCUUCUGGAUAAGGGGAAGAGUACAGUGACCGCAGGUCUGGUCCAGGCCCUCUCCGUUCAUCUCAAGCUCAACGCUUUUGCCUGCCUACGACAGCCGUCACAGGGCCCAACAUUUGGAGACAAAGCACUUCGUGUCCAAGCCCUGUACAACAGGCUAGUGCCAUCUGUCAAUGGUGUGAGAUGCUUCUCUCCUAUACAGCUGUCUCGCCUACAGCAUCUUGGGAUAAACAUAUCUGACCCCAAUGACCUCACACCACAAGAGGUCAGCUCAUUUGUCCGUCUUGACCUUGACCCUGCAAAGGUCACAUGGCAGAGAGUUGUUGAUACCUUUGACAGAUUUCUGUGAAAGAUCACCAUCGGCCAGGCCGACACAGAAAAGGGCCACACUCGCCAGAUAUGUUUUGAUAUAGCGGUGGCCAGUGAGAUCAUGGCCAUCCUCGCACUCACAGACGGACUGGCUGACAUGAGGGCCAGACUGGGGCGUAUGGUCGUGGACAGCAGCAGAAAUGGACAGCAAGUCACUGCAGAUGACUUGGGUGUAACUGGGGCUUUGGCAGUCCUCAUGAAAGAUGCUAUCAAACCUACACUGAUGCAGACACUGGAUGGCAUUCCAGUGUUUGUGCAUACUGGACGUUUUGCUAAUAUUGCCCAUGGAAACUCCUCUGUCUUGGCAGACACUGCUCUUAAACUGGCUGUAGAAGAGGGCUAUGAUGUGACUGAGGCUGGCUUUGGUGCUGAUAUUGGCAUGGAGAAGUUCUUCAGUAUUAAUUGUCAGACAUCUGGGCUGAGGCCUAAUGUUGUGGUGCUUGUAGCCACUGUCCGGUCUCUGAAGAUUCAUGGAGGGGGACCAAAUGUUACAGCUGGUGUACCAUUGCCUAAAGAAUAUAAUGAAGAGAAUCUGCAGCUAGCUGCAGAGGGCUGCAGUAAUCUGAAGAAGCAGAUUCAGAAUGCUCAUCUCUUUGGGGUCCCUGAUCCCCUAGCUCUGAAUGCCUUCAAGACUGACACUCAAGCAGAGAUCGACCUUGUGUGUCGCAUCGCAGAGGCUUCUGGGGCCUCAGCUGCUGUGCCGUGUCAUCAUUGGUCAAGAGGUGGGCGGGGCUCUGUGGAGUUGGCACAUGCUGUAAAUGAAGUUGUGUCUCAGGAGAGCCAUUUUCGACUCCUGUAUAGCCUGCAGAAGAAGAUUCUUUUCAAGCUUCAAACAAUUGCUAAGAAGGUUUAAGGUGCUGAUGACAUCCAUCUUUCACCUGAGGCUCAAGCUAAAAUAGACUACUACAGUCAAGAGUGACAAAGGGGUUUUGGUGCGCUACCUAUCUGCAUGGCCAAGACUCACCUGUCUCUUUCCCACAUGCCUGAGAAAAAGAGUGUUCCCGCUGGUUUUAUCCUUCCAAUCAGAGACAUUCGUGCCAGCAAGGCAGGGUUUAUCUACACUUUAGUUGGAACUAUGAGCACCAUGCCAGGCUUGGCUACAUGACCCUGUUUUUAUGAUAUUGACCUUGACACUGUUACAGAUGAGAUAAAAGGACUCCUCUUGUUUGGCCCCAUACAAGCCCUUGACCGGUGUUCCACAGGGCUCUUGUAGGACUCCAUUCAUAUACAGAUGAACACUUCUCAUCCGGUGCCUUCUGGUCACA